AUGCCUUCACGCGACAGAGGACGAGCUCGAGCUCGAGCAUCAGAUGAAGAGUUCGUUCUGUUUCUCCAAGGGAUUCCAGCCCACUGCCGCUGGCAAGAACUCAAGGACAUGGUACGCCAGACGGCCUUGCAUAUCCGACAGGCAGUUGUAUACGACGACCAGCACGGGUUUCCCACUGGUUUGGGGCAAAUCAUUGUGAAGAACGAAGAUGAAGCAUGGCGCACAUACCAUAGACUCUCCACCAACGGAUGGGAUGGACAAAGUCUCGUUGUCACUCUGGCUCGAACGAGCUCACCUACAAGGCCUGUUGCUGGUCCCACCAAAAGCCCAAGCUGUGUAAUUCCCCCGGCAUACGUGGCAGGUUAUUCGACCCCCCCUCGAGUCGCGCAGAACUUGGCCAUACCUCCUUCACCCAUCUCCCCAGA